AUGAAGAAAUGCAACGUCAUUACCUGCACAAGGAGCAAGAACCCGAUCUUUUUUAGUUAUUCCCUCUUAGAUCUACACAUACAAAGAGUUACUUAUGUCAGGGAUCUCGGAGUAACACUAACGCAAACUCUAUCUUCGGACAUACAUGUUCAGGAUAUCUGUGCUAGAGCCAACCGUCUCUUGGGAUAUAUACUGAGAUCAACUAGAGGGCUAACCAGCCAAAUAGCUCUUAAACUGUUGUAUUUUGCUCUGGUCAGACAGGUCCUGGAAUUCUCUGCAGCCGUCUGGUCUCCUUAUCGCACUGGUUUAAUCUCAGACUUACAAAAAAUCCAAGAUAAAUUCGUCAGAAUGGUGGGAGUGCGUCAGGGUAUGAAUUAUCGUGAGGUCCCAGUCAAUUUAAUGUCGAAGGAGCUCCAAAUAUCUCCACUAGUGGUCCGCCGGAAGCUGCAAGAUGCACUGUUCCUCUUCAAGUUGAUCAAUGAUGUAAUUAAAUGUCCUGAAUUGCUCCAGAAGACUAAUUUUCGUGUUCCAUCCGGUACAAGAUCUCAAGAGCUGUUCUGGAGAAAACACCAUCCUACCUCCUACGACUGGAGCUGCUCCUUUGGCCAGAAUCCGGAGAGUCGGCUGCACUAUCUCCAGCUCGGUAGAUUUCUUCAACUCUUCUCUCCCAGCAUUUAG